AGCAAUUGAUUGGUCUUGGCAUUUAGUCUUAUAUCAGCUGUGUCAUCCAUAGCUUCAGGAGUGCGAACACUAAUCUAAAGUGACAUUUCUGUUCUGGCGGGCUUUUCUGCCCUGAUGAAAGCAAUUACUUCAUUCCUAAAUGAUAAUUUGCAGGAGUUUCAACCACUUUAAUUGAUAAUUUUUUUGUUGUUGUUCUGAGUUCAAUUGUGAAGUGAUUAGCCGAUUUGGGAAAUAGAAAUUUAAGGUGUGAAAUAUACAAGUUGCUCCAAGUUUACAAGCAUUGAGAAAAGAGAAAUCCCGAGAUGCCGCACGCUCCCGCCGGGGAAAAGAAAACUUUGAGUUCUAUGAAUUGGCCAAGUUGUUGCCUCUGCCUGCAGCCAUCACCAGCCAGCUUGACAAGGCGUCCAUCAUCAGGCUUACAAUUAGCUACUUGAAAAUGAGGGACUUCGCUAAUCAGGGAGACCCCCCGUGGAACUUGCGGAUGGAAGGCCCUCCACCCAACACGUCAGUGAAAGUUAUAGGUGCACAACGAAGGAGAAGCCCCAGUGCACUAGCCAUUGAAGUAUUUGAAGCACAUUUGGGAAGUCACAUUUUACAGUCACUGGAUGGCUUUGUAUUUGCACUAAAUCAAGAAGGAAAAUUUUUGUACAUAUCUGAAACAGUCUCCAUCUACCUAGGUCUCUCACAAGUGGAGCUGACAGGCAGCAGCGUCUUUGACUAUGUCCAUCCUGGGGACCACGUGGAGAUGGCUGAGCAGCUGGGCAUGAAGCUCCCACCCGGGCGGGGUCUGCUCUCACAGGGCACCACGGAGGAUGGAGCCAGCUCAGCAUCUUCCUCCUCUCAGUCAGAGACCCCUGAACCAGUGGAGUCCACCAGCCCCAGUCUGCUAAGCACUGACAACACCCUUGAGCGUUCCUUUUUCAUCCGAAUGAAAUCUACGCUGACCAAACGUGGCGUGCACAUCAAAUCAUCAGGAUACAAGGUGAUUCACAUCACAGGACGGCUCCGCCUCAGAGUGUCGCUGUCCCAUGGGAGGACCGUCCCCAGCCAAAUCAUGGGUCUCGUGGUUGUGGCUCAUGCCUUGCCUCCCCCAACGAUCAAUGAAGUCAGAAUUGACUGCCAUAUGUUCGUCACUCGAGUAAAUAUGGACCUCAAUAUCAUUUACUGUGAAAAUAGGAUUAGUGAUUACAUGGAUCUGACCCCCGUGGACAUUGUGGGGAAGAGAUGCUACCACUUCAUCCAUGCCGAGGACGUCGAGGGCAUCAGGCACAGCCACCUGGACUUGCUAAACAAGGGUCAGUGUGUGACGAAGUACUAUCGUUGGAUGCAGAAGAAUGGAGGAUAUAUCUGGAUACAGUCUAGUGCCACCAUAGCUAUUAAUGCCAAGAAUGCAAAUGAAAAGAAUAUCAUCUGGGUGAAUUAUCUGCUUAGCAAUCCUGAGUACAAGGACACCCCGAUGGAUAUAGCACAGCUCCCCCACCUGCCGGAGAAGACCUCAGAAUCCUCAGAGACCUCGGACUCCGAAUCUGACUCUAAAGACACCUCAGAGGACAACGAGAACUCCAAGUCGGAUGAGAAGGGCAACCAGUCAGAGAACAGCGAAGACCCGGAGCCCGACCGGAAGAAGUCCGGCAACACAUGCGACAACGACAUGAACUGCAACGAUGACGGCCACAGCUCCAGUAACCCCGACAGCCGAGACAGCGAUGACAGCUUCGAACACUCGGACUUUGAGAACCCCAAGGCGACCGAGGACGGCUUCGGCGCUCUGGGCCCCAUGCACAUCAAGGUGGAGCGCUACGUGGAGAGCGAGUCGGACCUGCGGCUGCAGAACUGUGAGUCGCUCACGUCGGACAGUGCCAAGGACUCGGACAGCGCCGGCGAGGCGGGUGCGCAGGCGUCCAGCAAGCUCCAAAAGCGCAAGAAGAGGCGGAAACGGCAGAAGGGCGGCAGUGCCAGCCGCCGGCGCCUGUCCAGCGCCUCAAGCCCCGGCGGCCUGGAUGCGGCUGCCGCCGGCCUGGAUGCGGCCGCCGCCGGCCUGGUGGAGCCGCCACGGCUGCUGUCCUCCCCGCACAGUGCCUCGGUGCUCAAGAUCAAGACGGAGAUCUCGGAACCCAUCAACUUUGACAACGACAGCAGCAUCUGGAACUACCCGCCCAACCGGGAGAUCUCCAGGAACGAGUCCCCCUACAGCAUGACCAAGCCCCCCAACUCCGAGCACUUCCCGUCCCCGCAGGGUGGCAGUGGCGGCGGGGGUGGCAGCGGUGCUGGCGGUGGGGCUGGAGGUGGCAGCGGGGGGCUGCACGUGGCCAUCCCCGACUCAGUCCUCACCCCGCCGGGCACCGACGGCGCAGCCGCCCGCAAGACUCAAUUUGGCACCUCUGCCACCACCGGCGGCGCUGCCACUGCGGCCUUGGCCCCGGUCACUUCCGACCCGCUAUCGCCCCCGCUGUCAGCGUCCCCGCGGGACAAGCACCCAGGCGGGGGUGGCAGCGGUGGCGGCAGCAAUGGGGGCAGCGGUGGUGGUGGUGGUGGCCCCGGCGCAUCCAACUCCUUGCUGUACACUGGGGACCUGGAGGCGCUGCAGAGGUUGCAGGCGGGCAACGUAGUGCUGCCGCUGGUGCACCGGGUGACCGGGACCCUGGCCGCCACCAGCACAGCUGCGCAGAGGGUCUACACCACAGGCACCAUCCGCUACGCGCCCGCUGAGGUGACCCUGGCCAUGCAGGGCAACCUGCUGCCCAACGCGCACGCUGUUAACUUCGUGGACGUUAACAGCCCCGGCUUCGGCCUUGACCCCAAGACGCCUAUGGAGAUGCUGUACCACCACGUGCACCGGCUCAACAUGUCAGGACCGUUCGGCAGCGCGGGAGGCGCAGCCGGCCUCACGCAGAUGCCGGGCGGCAACGUGUUCACCACCGCCGAGGGACUCUUCUCCACGCUGCCCUUCCCCGUGUACAGCAACAGCAUCCACGCGGCACAGACUCUGGAGCGCAAGGAGGACUGAGGCAGCCCACCCCCGGGCGCGGCGCGGCGCGGGCACGGUCCGCUCGGAGGCAUGGUCUCUGUGUCUUCCUUUCCACCUUUGAUUCUAGCACUUUGGAUUCGAGCAGGUCCGCGUCC